AUGGAGCGCUAUCAGAAAAUUGAAAAGCCAGAUUCUGCGCUAGGAGAAGGCACUUAUGGAGUUGUGUACAAAGCCCGGGAUCGCCAGACGGAUCAAAUUGUUGCGUUGAAGCGGAUUCGCCUUGAAGUUGAAGAUGAAGGAAUCCCAUCCACUGCAUUGCGCGAGAUCAGUCUUCUUCGGGAAUUGAACCACGAAAAUGUUGUAGAAUUGAAAGAUUGUGUGCAGGAAGAUGGCAAACUCUACUUGGUAUUCGAGUUCCUCGACAAAGACUUGAAGAAGUAUAUGGAAUCCUGCAGUGGUUUGCUCUCACCAAUUCUGGUAAAGUCAUACCUUUUUCAAUGCUGUCGUGGGCUUGCAUUUUGUCAUGCACGGGGGGUUAUGCAUCGCGAUUUGAAGCCUCAAAAUCUCCUAGUCACUCGUGAUGGGCGCUUGAAGCUAGCAGAUUUUGGUUUGGCUAGAGCAUUUUGUCCUCCCAUUCGUCCACUUACACAUGAAGUGGUGACGCUUUGGUACAGGCCGCCUGAAAUCCUCCUAGGGUCCCAGACAUAUGCUCCACCAGUCGAUGUCUGGGCUAUUGGAACCAUCUUUGUCGAAAUGGUGACGAAGCGUCCAUUAUUCCCCGGUGAUUCAGAGAUUGACCAGCUGUACAAGAUUUUUCGGCAAUUAGGAACUCCAACCGAAGAGAUGUGGUCAGGUGUUACCCAGCUGCAGGAUUGGAACACUGCAUUUCCAAAAUGGUACAGAACCCCUUUUGCCAAGAAUGUCACUGAUCACUUGGAUCAUCUUGGUCUUGAUUUGCUAGAGAAACUCCUUGCGUACAGCCCCAAAGAUCGUAUCACGGCUAAGGAGUCUCUCAAUCAUCCAUAUUUUGAUGACUUGGACAAGGAGAACAUUUGA